AUGGCAUUGCAUUAUCUAUGGGAGAGUGAGGAUUUUAGCGAUUCGUCACCGAUUCCAGUUCUAGUCGAAAUAGAUCUUGGUAAUGAUAAUCAUGGUGAUUCUGACACACCGUUUGCCAGUAUCACUGAACAUAGUUACUUUGGCGAAGCCGAGAAAGAGGUACUAUUCAUGGUCGGAGCACGGUUUCGUGUGGUUGAAGUGCGUCGUGGCGAAAAAGGUAUAUGGUAUGUUCGUUUGGCAACACUAGCAUCUUUUGAUGAUCUCUUUACAUCUCAAAGCCAAUGGUAUAAACUAUACAACCACAUGCAAACAAAGUUUAUUCAUCCACUGAUAACUUUGCCAGACAUUGGCACAAUUCUUCUUCAAUCAGGCAAAUUUGAUCAGGCACAAACUCAUUAUGAACGGCUGUUGCAACACUUGGAAAAUUUGGUUUAUGUACCGGAAGAGACAGAAGACGAAGAGGAAGAGGAUGAAGAAAACGAAGACAGGCAUGAAUUGCCAUCAAAUACUAAACAUGAAAGUUGUGGAUUGCUGCGAUUUUUUAAAGACGUCCGUUCCAAUAGAGAUAAACCCAGCGAAUUCGAAUUUGAAAAGGCGUACAAAGUGGUAUUGUGUUACUAUUUAUUGGGUAGAAUAACACAGGAGAAAGGACUAUUCGAUCUCAGCAUUAUAUACUAUGAAGCAGUCUUGGCACAAACUUCACCGACUCCUAUAUCGCAUAAUAUUUUUGUUUCAGAUCGUAACUGUAUCUUAUGUGCUCUCUGUCAUCUUGGUCUGGGUGCUACCUACGAACUGAAUGAAAAGUUGAAGCAUGCGUUUGAAUCGUACACCCAAGCCUUACGUAUGUUCGAACAAGCACACAAGGGAGGUAGUGACAAGUGGCCUGGUAGUUCAAAUUUAACUGAUGUCUAUAAAGCACAUUGUCUCGUUGGCUUAGGAAAUCUUGCUCUGAUUGAACAAAAAUAUGACCAAGCAAACAAACAAUAUCGAGAAGCUCUGUUAUUAUUUGAUAAAUAUUUGCCUGUCGGACAUCCUGAUCAAUCUCGUACACGACAAAAGCUGGCUAACAUUAUGCAAAUUCACGAAUGUAAAUCAGCUAUGGCCUUAGAAGAUUACGAAGAUUGUCUGGAAAAUUAUCUACGUUCGUUACCUUCGGAUCAUGUUGAUAUCGGGCGGUUAUAUGCAGAUAUGGCACGUGCCUGCGAACAGUUGCCGAAUGAAAUGGAGAAAGCUUUAGAAUUUGCGAAGAAGGCUGCAAAAAUCUUCGAGAAAGGUCUACCAAAAGAACAUAAGGAUAAUAUUACAAUUUGUAUGAUCGUCAAGCAAAUUCAAAGAAAACUGUGCCUACAAAUCUAG